GUCGCUCUCAGCUGCCGCGCGGAGGCCACGCCCCUCGCGGAGGUCCUCAAGAGAGGUUUGGCGGCUUUCUGGGCUCGCUUCCCGGAGGAGGUCUUCUCGGCCGUUGCCUUCUUGGUGCGCACGGCCCUGCGCAUCGACGAUGCGGAGGCCUUCGUGGAUUCAGCACCAGGCCUCCGGGAGGAAGCUGACGUCGAGGACCUGGGUUUCGUCGUCCUCUGCCUCCUCGUCUUCUGGCUCGUGGCCAGAGACUCCUCGACCCAGGAUGACACAAUUGAUGCGGCCAGCACGGGCCUCACGCAGCUCACCGGGUUGCCACUGGAG